UGGAAACACAAUUCGUAAAGUACACCAUUUAGGUCUGACGUCGCUGGUAUACGUAGUCUACCACAUCCUCCACGUCAAACGGAGCAAUGGCGACGACGACAGUGGCCCAAGUUGUUGUAGAGGAAGGCAAGCUCCUCAGCGAGUCCCUCAGCACUGUCAAAAUACAGGUCGGCCAGAUGAAGAGGCAUUUGGAUAACGAUGAUAUCAUGGACGCGCUGAAAAGUGCUAGCUUGAUGCUGGCCGAACUUCGGACGUCAUCCUUAUCCCCAAAGCAAUACUACGAACUCUAUAUGGCAGUUUUUGACGCUCUGCGACACCUCUCCAACUAUCUUUACGACGCUCACACCCAGUCACGGCAUCAUCUCGCAGACCUCUACGAACUUGUUCAAUAUGCCGGCAACAUCGUACCCCGAUUAUACCUUAUGAUCACCGUCGGAGCUGUCUACAUGUCUAUUUCAGACGCUCCGGUCAAGGAAAUCAUGAAAGAUAUGAUGGAAAUGUCUCGCGGCAUCUUGCACCCCAUACGAGGCCUGUUCUUGAGGCACUAUCUGAGUGGACAGACGAGAGACCAUUUGCCUAUCGGCGCUGAUACAGGACCUAUCGGAAACCUUGAAGAUUCUAUUUCGUUCGUGCUGACUAACUUCAUCGAGAUGAACAAGCUUUGGGUACGCCUCCAACAUCAAGGCCAUUCCAGAGAUCGCGAAAAGCGCGAGAUGGAACGACGCGACCUCCGUAUCCUCGUCGGCACGAACCUCGUCCGCCUCUCCCAACUCGACGGCGUUGACCUCGAGAUGUACCAGACCAGCAUUCUCCCCGCAAUCCUAGAACAAGUCGUCAACUGCAAAGAUGUGAUCGCACAAGAAUAUUUGAUGGAGGUUGUCAUUCAGGUAUUUACAGACGAGUUCCAUUUACAUACACUCGGUCCGUUCCUUUCUGCUACAGCCCAACUUCACCCAAAGGUGAACAUCAAACUUAUUGUUAUUGCGCUCAUCGACCGGCUUGCUGCGUACGCUGCUCGUGAGGCUGAGAGUGAAGAUCCUGAAGAGACGAAACGCCAGGAAGAGGCUGCUGCUCGCAGACUUGCGGAAAAGGUCAAAGUCCAGAAGGCUCGAGCGCGCGAGAAUGGUGGUGCAACAGUUGCACCACCUCCGGCAGAGGAAGCAUGGGAUAGCGCUGUUGCUGAUGCGGAGAAGCAGAUGGCUCAGAUGGAAGUUGGUGGAGCGACGACGAAUGGCGUUUCGACGGAGGAGAUGAAUGGUGGCAAGGAGAAGGAAGGAUUGCCCGUCCGGAAGUUCAGGGGCGUUCCGGAAAAUGUCCAAUUAUUCGAGGUGUUCUGGAAGCAAGUAGUCGAGCUUAUCAAAGCACGGCCGGACUUGUCGAUACAGGACAUUACCGCUCUGCUUGUAUCCCUCACCAACCUAUCGUUAAGUUGUUAUCCUGACAGGUUAGAAUACGUCGACCAAAUCCUUGGCUUUGCGCAUGACAAAAUCAAGGAGUUCUCAGAAAGCCCCGACCUCCAUGCACCGCAGACAGCUGCAAACCUCGCAGCUCUCCUGGUCGCACCUAUAAAUUCCUACCAAUCCGUCCUCACGCUCCUGGCCAUUCCCCACUACGUUCCUCUACUCUCCCAGCAAUUAUUCUCGACCCGACGAUCGAUCGCCCACUCAGUUAUCUCGAGCGUACUCAAAAACGAAACGAUCAUCGAGGCGCAGGACGAUGUCGACGGGGUCCUGGAGCUUUGUCAUGUCUUGAUCAAGGAUCAAGGCGAUUCCGUUGCACAACAGAGCAGUGCUGCUGGUGCAAAGGAAGUCAGGAGGCAGGGCCCUUAUCAUACGGAGAGGGAGGAUCUAGCAGAGGAACAAGGCUGGGUUGCAAGAAUGGUGCAUCUGUUCCGUGCGGACUCGCUGGAUAUUCAAUUCGAACUGUUACAAACGGCUCGGAAACAUCUCGAAGCUGGCGGCGAGCGUAUGCGCUACACGUUCCCUGCGCUCAUCACCUCCAGUAUCAAGUUGUGUAGACGGUAUAAAAACUGUGAACAUCUGGAGGAGGGCUGGCAAGACAAGGUCAACACGAUACUCAAAUUCGUUCGACAAUGCACCUCCAUCCUUGCCACCCAAGUCGAUGCCCCAGCACUCGCGCUGAGGCUAUUCCUCCUUGCAGCACAGAUCGCAUCUGAAUGUGGUUCCGGAUUCGAGGAUCUUGCCUACGAUUUCUACGUGCAAGCGUUCUCUGUUUACGAAGACAGUAUUUCGGAAAGCAGAGCUCAGCUUGCUGCUAUCACCCUUAUUAUCGGCACCCUUCAAGGCGCGAGGGUGUUUAAUAUCGAUGGGUAUGAUACGUUAAUAACGAAGGCUGCUUUGCAUGGUGCAAGGCUGUUGAAGAAGCAACAUCAGGCUACAGCGGUGCAUGCCGCUAGCCAUCUGUGGUGGCAAGAGGCUGUGGAAGAUGAGGGCGAAGGCGAGGCGGAUGGACCUGCUGUGAAGGAGUCUGAGAAGGCUGCUUUACCCCCUAGGGAGGAUGGUGAAGGUGUUAAGGCCUAUCCGCAUCAGGACAGUAAACGUGUACUGGAAUGCCUUCAGAAGUCGUUGCGCAUAGCAAACUCUGCCACAGAGGAGAUAGUCACAGUUCAGCUUUAUUGCGACACCCUUGAUCAAUAUUUGUAUUAUUUCGACCGGGGCGCGCCUGCAAUUGCACCUAAGUUUAUAGUUUCGCUCGUCGAACUCAUCGCCUCCUCCAUCGACACAAUUACUUCGCCCUCGUCAUCCUCGUCAUAUCUCCACCCUUCACAAAGAAUAGAAGGUGUCGCGACACCCGACAUGAUCACUCGACACUUCCGCAAUACCCUUGCCUACAUCCACGGGAAGAAAACGGCGGAGAACCCAGGUCAAUGGGACGAAGUCGAGGUUGUUGGCGCAUUCCUCAAGAUGGACAUCACGCGGUAGCGUGAUCGUGCGUUCGUUUAUACGACGCGGUACUUAUCUUAAUGCCAGGUUGAAGAUUGGAUCAUUCGCGUGCUCUGUUCUAACUUGCUGUUGUUGUCGUUUUAGCUACUAUGUACUUGUGACAACUUCUUCUGGUGCCAUUAAAGCAUCAUGGUUUUUGUAUAUAAUACCUCACGAUUUCCACCUUUAUGCGGGCGCCUUUAAAUCCCUGGUUAAAUCUGCUUGGAUUUGGAGGCUCCCAAUCUGAAUUUGUGAAAAUGUCUUACGUAAUACGAUAAUCUUUCUUUCCUUU